AUGAGGAAGGUCAUGGAUGAGAUGAGGGAGAACAUGAGAAGGGUGAAUCCCGUAGAGGAUUUAGUUCAUGGAACAGACUCUCCUUUCAUAGCUUCCACCAACGGUCACCCCUUGCCUUUGAAGUUCAAGAUACCUUCCUUGGACUCGUAUGAUGGAACACGUGACCUUUUCGAUUAUAUUGCUACUUUCAAGACUAAGAUGCAUCUUCAAGGGGUUCCGGAUGAGAUUAUGUGCAGGGCCUUCCCUACUACCCUCAAAGGACCAGCACGAGUAUGGUUCAGCAAGAUAGCUCCGAAUACCGUUAGUUCUUUCAAAGAAUUGAGUAAGCUGUUUGUCAACAAUUUCAUCAGAGGACAAAGGCAUAAACAUUCCUCAUCUAGCCUACUAACCAGAGAGCAAGAGGAAAAUGAAAGCUUAUGGUCCUUUAUUACUCGUUUCAAUAAGGAAUCCCUAACAGUGGACGAAAUGGACGACAAGUUGUUAUUGGCAGCCUUCCAUAAUGGAGUUAACUUUGAUUUAUUCAUCCAUAAGCUCUAUGAGCAAGAGCCUCAAACCAUGGUUGAACUCGUCCAUUCUGCCCAAAACUUCAUGAAUGCAGAAGACGCAAUUAUAGCUAAGAAAAGGAAGAGAGCUGAGUGUAUGGAAGCAGAUCUCCCAUGCCAUCCUAAGCAUGGUCCUCGUCCGAAGAAGGCACGGACGGGAGAGAAGAAAGAUCGAGACAACAAGAAGGCAGGCUCUUCAACACGGAGUUAG